AUGAAGGACAAGGAAAGCCGCUGCUCAAUGACGGCGAAUUUUCCACUCCAGCAGAACGCGAGGUGGACGGGGGAGGCCGCCGCUGCUCCUCGUUUGGACAGUCAUCCGAGUGUGCAGAUAGAAGAAAUUCGCCGGCAUGGAAAGCUGGAACUUGUUGCUCGAUCGACAUCUGCUGUUCGAAGGUGGGCUCGUUGGACAAAAAUGGCGACAGAUUUUCAGGUGGCGAAUCACGAAAUCGAGCAGAGGGACUGGUUUGGGCCGGACUGUACUGGAGUGGUCCGAGAUGGGCUGGAUUUGGACUCACUAGGCUGGGUCUGGUCGAGUCUGGUCCGAACUAGGCUCACUGGCGCUAGGCUGCAGGCGUUGGGCCUGGUCUGCGGACUGGGCUGGGCUGCACGCUGUUGGGCCGGGUCGCACGCAGGGAAGCGCAGUUGCACGCACGCGAGGCACUGUGGGUCGCACGAGAAUGUCGCGUGCACGCAAGACACACGAGAACUUCACGGGUCGCGCUCGAGUUGCGUCUGGCGCACGCGGGUCGCGCAGAGGCGCUAUGGGUCAUCUUCUGAGAGCUCGCUGGGCGCGCGUGAAGAACACAAGGCGGGCGCGGAAAGGGAAUCUCUUGCACCAAACCUUACACCAAACCUCCCCGCGACCACGACCGGCGUCAUCUCCCUCUCCGCCGCCAAAGAUACGCCACCGACAGCUACCCUCCCCACGCAGCAGCUCGACAUCAAAACACCGGAAAGCUCCGCCGCAAAGAAAUCUUUCUCGCUAGCGACCGGUGCUUCAGCGCCCUCCAAUCCUACCGUCGCCGGAGUUCCUCAACUGGAAAGCUUUGGUUCCCUGCAAAUGGCCAACAGAAAAGACGACAAGCUCUCGGUCAAUCCAAGUUCCAAACCUACCCCUCAUCCCAAAUCAAUCCAUUUGAACGGGCCAAACAAAUUUGGGCCACUCCCACUCCCAAGGCCCAAAUCAUCUCCAUCCCUAACCAACCAUUUCUUUGGCCCAGCAAAUUCACAUCAUAACAUAUCAUUGGCCCAACUGACCCCACCUUUGGAUCCUUCCUCUUGCGGACCAGCCCAACACACCAUUCAAGCCCAAAACGCCCAACUCAACCAACCCAAUCUCCAGCCCGAUUCUAACCACCCUCAAGCCCCCUCCACUGCUCGUUUUCUCGCCAUCACCUCCCAGCGACAUGAAGACCUGCCGUUUGCCGGCGACAGUACCGUUAAGACCACCGGAAAAUUGCAACUGGCCGGAGCUCCGGCAAGGGCGGGUCUCGAAGUGAAUUUUGAGAAAGGUAUUCUCGGGCCCCGGCCAAUUCUCCCUUCCGAGCAUUUUGUAAAAAUGGCUCCUCCUGCCGCUGACGAUACAGAACAGGAUAUUCAUGAAGAUGGGGUGGUCGUUGCGGCCAUCACCUCCCAAACGGAACCAGACGGACACCUCCCCUGCGCCGGCACCGGUGCCGGCAUGGCCACCGGCAAAUCCCAGUCGGCCGGCAAUACUUCCGGAGCUACACCCGAGUUUCUUCCUACGGAUGAUUUGGAAUCCCCGCAACCGCAAGAGCCGUCGCCCUUUUGGAUCCUCCGUAUGCUGCCGGCGAUUGUCGCUGCAGAGGCUAGCCGCCGGAAAACGCGCGGCCAAGGGCCCGCUGCCGAUGACGGCUAA